AUGAACAGCGAUGCUCGCAGGAGCCCUCCCAGUGACGUUGGUGUCCACAGCAGCCCUGCCAUGGGCCGUGGCGCCCCCCGGGGCUCUCCCAGGGACAGCGGCGCUCCGCAGGGCCCUCUCAAAAAUGACGGCGACCCUAGUGGCCCUGCCAUGGAAGGUGACGCCCUCAAGGGCCCUGCCAGGGACAAUGACGCCCCCAGAGACAGCAGCGCCUCCAGGGUCUCUCCCAGGGGUCCUGCCAGUGGCGGUGACGCCCUCAAGGGCCAUGCCACGGGCGAUGGCGCCCCUAGGGACCCUGUCAAGGGUGGUCGUGCCCCCAGGGGCCCUGCCAGAGACGCUGGCACCCCCAGGGACGGCCGCACCCCCAAGUGCUCUCCCAGGUACAAUGGCGCUCCCAGGGGCCGGCUAUGGAAGGUGGCGUCCGCAGGGACCCUCCCAAGGACGGCAACACCCCCAGGGGUCCUACCAGGGAUGUUGACAUUCUCAGAGGGCUCUCCCAGGGGCCCUACCAGGGGCGGUGGCACCCCCAGGGGCCUUGCCACGGUCGAUGGCACCCCCAAAGGCUCUCCCAGGGACGGCAGCACCCACAGGGGCCCUCUCAGGGACGGCAGCGCCCCCAGGGGCUUUGCCAAGGUUGUUGGCAUCCUCAGGGGCUCUCCCAGGGACCCUGCCAAGGGGCGCUGGCGCCCGCAGACUCACCCAGGGACGGCAGCGCCCCCAGGGACUCUCUCAGCGACAGCGGUGCUCGCAGAGAAACUCCCAGGGACAUCGGCGAUCCCUGGAGCACUCUCAAAGAGGGCGACGCCCCUAGUGGCCCUGCCAUGGGCGGUGGCUCCCUCAGGGUGCCCUGCCAGGGGCGGUGACGCCCCAAGGGGUUUUUCCAGAGACGGCUGCCUCCACAGGGGCCCUCCCAAGGACGGCAGCGCCUCCAGGGUGUCUCCCAGGGGCCCUGACAGGGGCGGCGACGCCCUCAGAGGCCCUCCCAGAGGCAGUGACGGCCACAGAAGCGAUGGCGACCCCAGGGGCCCAGCCAGGGGUGAUAAUGCCCCCAGGAGCUCUCUAAGAGACAGCGGCCCCAGAAGGGACCCUGUCAUGGGGAAUGGCACCCCCAGAGGCCCUCUCAGGGAAGGCUGCUCCCCCAGAGGCCCUCUCAGGGACAGCUGCGCCUCCAAGUGCUCUCCCAGAGAAAACGGCACCCCAGGGGCCUGCCAUGGGCGAUGGUGCCCCUAA